UUCACUCCAAGUGAGAGAGCGAAGCCAAACGUAGGAGUCGCCUUCCAUGAGGGCAGAGCAUUUUCCUUGCCUGUGUCUCCCAGUAGAGCGGAAAGAGGGCAGAACAUCAGCCUUCAUAAGAUCCAGGUGACAGCUUGCUUCCCAGAACUCAUACCAGGGGACAUCCAGGAUGAGCACACAUGCUUCUUCCCACCAAUAUUUCAUCUCCCGCCCCAUCUACUCCUACCCAGACUUCAAUGUAGAGAAUGAGCACUGCACUGGUGUGGACAGGACCUUUAGGGACAGGCUAAGUGAGUCUUACAGAUGCUCAGGUAGAACGGCUUUGCGGCUGAUUAAAAGCAUCUUCCCUGUGACGGACUGGCUGUUCAGAUAUCCAGUCAGAGAGUGGCUGCUCAGUGACAUCAUCUCUGGGGUCAGUACAGGACUGGUCAGUAGCCUACAAGGCCUGGCCUAUGCACUGCUGGUGUCAGUUUCCCCUGUGUAUGGACUGUACUCUGCUUUCUUCCCCAUCAUCCCCUACUUCAUAUUCGGUACAUCCCGGCACGUAUCUGUUGGGCCAUUUCCUGUCACAUGCCUGAUGGUGGGUUCUGUGGUGAUGACCCUUACACCUGAUGAUGACUUCCUGGUUCCCCUGAAUAUCAGCGGUGUGAAUGAGACCACGGUGGAUGUGGAGGCGAGGGAGGCACAGAGGAUCGUGAUAGCAUGUUCCAUGACUGUACUGAUUGGUCUCAUUCAGGUGAUUAUGGGGCUGCUGCAAGUCGGCUUUCUGGUUCGCUACCUGUCGGACCCACUGGUUGGGGGGUUCACCACUGCCGCCGCCCUUCACGUGUUCAUCUCCCAACUGAAGACCAUCCUUUCAGUGCCGACCAGCAGCCAUAGUGGGCUUUUCUCCAUUGCGUAUACACUUGGUGAUGUGCUUAGGAACAUCAAACAAACGAACACGGCCGACCUGUUGGCGGGGCUCAUGACCAUUGCGGUCGUGAUGACCGUGAAGGAAUUCAAUGCAAAGUUUCAGCACAAGAUUCCAGUGUCCAUUCCAAUAGAGCUGAUUGUGACUGUGGUUGCCACGGGGAUCUCCUAUGCCGUGGAUCUCGAGUCCCGCUAUGGAGCCAGCACUGUUCGAAGCAUCCCCAGGGGGUUUGCUUCUCCCAGUCUCCCGGACCAGGGUGUCUUCUGGAAGACACUGGAACCAGGUUUUUCCACAGCGGUGGUGGGCUAUGCUGUGGCGGUAUCUGUGGCCAAAGUGUAUGCUGCCAAAAAUGAUUAUGCAAUCAAUGGCAACCAGGAACUGAUAGCAUUUGGCAUCAGCAAUGUCUUCAGUGGCUGCUUCUCCAGCUUUGUGGCCAGCACAGCUCUGUCCCGCACUGCUGUCCAAGCGAGCACAGGUGGAAAGACCCAGGUUGCAGGUGUGAUCUCAGCAACUGUGGUAAUGGUGGUGAUUUUGGCUCUGGGUCAGCUCCUGGAACCCCUGCAGAAGUCGGUGCUGGCCGGCGUCGUCAUCGCUAACCUCAGAGGAAUGUUUCUGCAAGUGCUGGAUGUUUUGGUGCUGUGGCGGCAGAACAGAGCCGACUGUCUGAUCUGGAUCGCUACCUGCCUAGCUUCUGUUGUCCUUGGGCUUGAUGUGGGCUUGCUGACUGGCCUGGCGUUUGAGAUAUGCACUGUGGUGUUCAGGACCCAGUUCCCCACAUGCUCUACACUCGGGAGUAUUCCUCACACUGAUAUCUACAGGAAUGUCAAGGGCUACAAAAAUAUUGUAGAGGUGGCAGGAGUGAAGAUAUUUAAGUGCAACUCACCCAUUUACUUUGCCAACAUUGACUACUUCAAAGAGCAGCUGAAGAAAGCGGUGGGGUUUGAUGCGGUUCAGGUGUUUAAGAAGAGGAACAAAGCCCUGAAGAAGAUCCAGAAGCUCAUGAAGAAAGAGAAGCUGAAGACCUCUAAGAAUGGAGUUGUUUCGGCAGUCUCGCUGUGUCAGGAAAACAAAGGCUUUGAGGGCGAGGGCGAUGUGGUGCGAGUGGGACCGGGGGAGAGAGCGGAUCUCCACCUGGAUUGGGCCUCAAAGCUACCAGUGCCUGUUAAUGUGCCAAGAGUCCAGAUCCACAGCCUGGUGUUAGACUUCUCUGCCGUUUCCUUCCUGGAUGUGGUGGCAGUCAAGGCCCUGAGACUGGUUGUCAAAGAAUUUGUGAGGCUCAACGUCCGUGUCUUCAUCGCAGGCUGUGACGAUGAGAUGGUGAAGAAUAUGGAGUCUUUGUCCUUCUUCGACGAAGCGGUAACGAAGGACCUCCUCUUCCUCUCUGUACAUGAUGCAGUCCUCUUCAUCAGACGAGGCGAGGCUGACGGCAGUCUGCAGAACCCAGCCCUCCGAAGUAAUAGCAAAGAGACCCCCCCUUUCCCUGGUGAGGAGGACCUGACAGAGACCAACGACAGCCAACAAAGCGUAAGUCAUAGUCAUCAACUUUUCCUUGAGCUGACUGUCGAAAUGUCUGUGCUCCUCAUCUUCCUCGGGAUCAACCCUUUUCCCUCCAUUUGCAGUAAAUUGCUGUUUUAUUUUAUUUCUUGUUCUUGCAGUUUACUACAUCUCAGAUAUAUGUGUCAAAACCCCAAAACGUGGGACGAUUUUUGUUUUAUUGUUAGGAUCCUUACCCUUUUCUCGAUGGUUGUGGGUAAAUCCUUGCUGACGAUUUGAUCCCGUCCCCCUGCCAUGUUCCCUGCUUUUAUAAUUUGAAUUUUCCCUCUGUACCCUGGAAUUCCAAUUUAGAUCUGGUUGUGAUACCUGGCUGUAUUACUCAACUCCUCCCGUUCUGAUAUCGACGCCAUCAGCGGACUGUUGUAUGGAGAGCUUGCAAAUGGAGCGUUUCCUCUAUGGCCUCUGAGGACUGAAUGUACCGUUCUCGCUGCCACCAGACAACCAUGGUCUGUCUGUCCCGAGAAGGCUAGAUCACUGCACUGCUCAUUAGUGCAGAAGACAGUAAAACGAUUUCCAUUAGCAACGGUCUGCAGUAAAUAACCCAUUAUUUAUUAUUAAAGCCCUCACUGUUCAUAAAUGGCUGGAUUUCUCUAAAGCCGGCAGACUGGUUUCUUCGGCUGAAAUUCAGUAAGGUUAAAAACAGCCAGACAAAGCCCCCACGUGUCUUUUGGACAGGCUGGGUGGCUAAUGAAAAGCACUUCGACUUUUGGUCUAAACAGUCCAUUUCCUGUUUGGCAUUGCCUUCCUCUGAAGGUCAGUGCUGAUCUUGUGGGGAAAAUUAUUUUGAGGCUGCGGAGAGAGCACGCAAAACACUGAUCUCUGGCCAGUGAAAGCAGACGUGACAUUCAAAGAGUGCCAUGCACAGCUACCAGGAGGGCAGUCGUCCCAUUUACCUACGGUCUUGGGCCAGAAUGAAAGCAACGCAGUAGAAUGAAAGAGACUGCUGGUCUGUACAGAAAAGAAAUGCCAAAGUGAACACAAGAAGAACUGCAACUGCACAUUUCCCAGGAUUAAAAUUGCUGUGUGUUACAUUUAAUCACCUGCAAAACAAUCGCAAUGUGUUUUGUUCAUAGAAUGAGCAAAGUUUAAUCAAAGAUUUUUGUGAUUUAACUUCCUCUAUCUUCCUGUACAACUUUAUGUAUCGUUUUCCUUUCGUGAGCAAUAACUGUCCUAAUGAAGGCAUUAUUCUAAUGAAUCAAUGAAUUUAGUUUUACAAGAAAGUUGAUGAUAAGCAUGUCAUAGUGCAAUGCAGCAUUUUUUAGUAUCUAGCUGAGAUAAUGCAUAAGUAGGAUAGGUUUUAUAUUUCAGAUUAUGCACAGGAUCCCAAAACACGAAAAAUCUGGACGAAAAGUUUUUGUGGAAAAUAUUUCCUAUGGCAUAUAUUAUACUGAGAAGCAUAAUUUAUUCACAAAAACCAUAGUUAAUAUGAAUACAAUGACCAGGGGUCUUUCUCCCACAGUGAGUGUAUUUCUGAAGAAAGUCAGAAGUACAGUUUCAACAAACCAACCCAGUAUGAUUUUUACACAAAACCAUGCUUAGUACAAUUAUACACUAUUUUGUACACUAUAAUACACAAUUAUAUACAAAUUAUAAUAAAUAUAUAAUUUGACUACCAAUGCUUGUGUUUUGGUUAAUAAAGGUGUACAAUGUU